UCUUCGCCUACUUAUUUCCCAAGGCAAAGCCUUCAGGUUACUCAGGGCACCGACUCAAUCCCCUAUUAAACUGGUUCUGACCGAAACCUGAGUGUUCCUUUUUGUUUUUUUUGCCGAUUUUUCUUAGGAUUCAUCAUGAAAAGUGGUCAAACGAAGUCUGAUUCGAGGAAAACUGGCAACAAACUGAAAAGCAAAGGCGCUGGCGUUGGAAAGCGUGCGAAGAAGGCCGCCAAAGAUCCAAACAAGCCAAAAAGGCCUCCCAGUGCUUUCUUCGUUUUCAUGGAGGAGUUCAGGAAGCAGUACAAAGAGGAGAAUCCUGAAAACAAAUCCGUCGCUGCUGUUGGCAAAGCUGGUGGCGCGAAGUGGAAGAGCUUGACAGAUGCUGAGAAGGCUCCUUAUGUUGACAAGGCAGAGAAGCGCAAAACUGAGUACAACAAGAACAUCCAGGCAUAUAACCUGAAACUGGCUGGUGGUGGAGGAAACGAAGAUGAAUCUGAUAAGUCAAAGUCUGAAGUUAACGAUGAUGAAGGGGGGAGCGGAGAGGAUGAAGAUGAAUAAUUUGCUGAUUAGAUCUGGUUAGAUUUAUUCUGGAUAGCUUGCCCUUCUUAGAUAUGAACAGUUAACUUGAUAUUAAUAGAUAAUAACCAAGAAUGGAAUUUUAGAUUAGAUAACAGAUGGAUAUGAUGGACUAGCUGCAGCGGUAACUU